GGGUUUUCAAUCGUAUAUAAGGUACAUUUUUAGCGCAUAAUUUCUUUAGCAUGCUUUUACGUAGUCGAUGCAUUUGUCGUGGUGUAUUCCACAAUGCACCAGCCGUUUACCCAUUCACAAAACCGUUCCACGACACACCAUAUGAUCAAGAUCGCACUCGUUUUGAUUCUACUAAAAACAUUGUAAAGCAAAAUACUUGGCCUGCUUGGAUGGAUCAUGGUAUCGAUGGCACGGGCUAUGGAAUCGGUCUUCAUCGCGCUCACCCCUUGUCAAAGCUACGGGGAAAUCUAAGCCGCAAUCCAAAGGAAGUUCCGCGAGUUUUAGCCAUGAUGAUUCAGGGAGUGUGGCACAAAAGCGGAACAAAAUUGUAUUUUAGAGGAGGCAAGCCACCAAAUCCGAGCAAACAUCCCUACCUAACUGGUGAACCGUGUCCAGUAUAUGGGUGGAAAAUAACAGAUCCUACGGUAAUUCGAGAAUUCGAUUUCCCAUAUGUAGAACCAGACAAAAUACGCUAUAAGCCAUAUGUGGCUUUACAAGAACGUAAGAUUAUGGGUAGUGAUGUAGCGGAUCAAAAAGGGAAUCCUUUAACAGCGGUAUCACAAGAUGACAGUAGCACUAAACCUCUUGCGAAACGCCUAUUUUUCUGGAAAUAACAUGAAUUAACGGCAUAGAAUGCAAAA